UCCAGUUGUUCCUUCCCAGGCAAUUUGGCCAUCUGCAAUUCUUGCCUCACCCAUCUUCUUUUCUUCCCAGGCAGAAAGGAGGGAAAAGAAGUCAACAACGACCUUGCUACACUCUACAGUGACCUGUUUUUAUACAGCUGUCGAUUCGCAAAGAUGACACGAGUCUCCGUCUACAGCGCCGCCCUCGUGGCCUUUGUCGCUGCGACGGCGAUGAUUAUUGCGUCUAUUACGCUCCCCCACUGGGUCACCUACACCGUGACGACCGCCGAGGGCAAGGAAUACUCAAAACACAUCGGUCUCCAUCGAUCUUGUUCCACUGGGUUCGACGAACCUUGCCAGGUGUUUCCGACCGAGGAGCUGUGUGCAAAUGGCGAACGUUAUUUCUGUUCCAUGUGGCGCUCUGUCGGCUUCCUUGCCUCCUUCUCGACUAUUCUGCAUCUGGCGUCCAUCGUCACGUUCCUUGUCAUUAUGGGCGGCGGCAAGUACAAGCGUGAAACAGGCUGGACAGUUCUUGGCGGGCUUCUAGUGUUUGUUGCGGCCAUCGAGUUCACGCUGAUGGGCAUCGUGGCAUAUCUUUACGACAACGACGAGCAGUUCCAGGUUCCUGGCUGGGGGCUGGACUCCUCCUGGAUCUUGUGUACCGUGAGCGCUUCAAUUUCGAUUCUGUGUGCCGCUGGAUUGGCCAUUUCCGCCUUUGUGCUUCCGCCAGAGGAGGGCUACGAGUUCCUCAACGACCCCAUGCCGUAA